AUGCACGUUCUAUCCACGCCAUUCGUGGCUCUGAUUCCCCUGGGGUUGCUGUUUGGCGUCUCGGCCAUCCCGGCCCCCGAUCAUGCACUGCAGCAAUUGCUGCGGGUCCCUCCGAGUAAUCGCCAAGAGAUGUUUGGUAGUCCCCCCUUUAGCCCCGGGCAUCGCGACCCGUUUGACCAUAAGGUCGAUUCGGUCGGGGACGGCCGAGAACCCUUACCGUUCCGCAACGGCGACGGGGCGACUGUCCAGGGCCCGCGAAACAAAGACCGCGAGCGUCAGAACCCCGAUCUCGUUCGUCCUCCGAGCACCGACCAUGGCAGCAUGUCCAACAUGCGGUGGAGCUUCGCCGACUCGCAUAUACGCAUUGAGGAGGGCGGGUGGACGCGCCAGACGACGAUCCGUGAGUUGCCCACGAGCCGUGAGCUAGCAGGUGUCAACAUGCGCUUGGAUGAAGGGGUGAUCCGAGAACUGCACUGGCAUACCGAGGCCGAGUGGGCGUAUGUACUCGCAGGGAAUGUUCGGGUCACUGCGCUGGACCCGGAUGGCGGCAGCUUCAUGGAUGACCUCGAGGCUGGAGAUUUGUGGUACUUCCCGGCGGGCCAUCCGCAUUCUCUGCAAGGACUCAGUCCCAAUGGCACCGAGUUCCUACUAAUAUUCGACGAUGGCCAUUUCUCGGAGGAGUCCACAUUCUUGCUAACGGAUUGGAUGGCACAUACAUCCAAGGCGGUGUUAGCAGAAAACUUUCGCCUGGCCCCCGAUGCAUUUAAGUCGAUCCCCCCGUCGGAAAAAUACAUUUUCAAGGGAUCCAUCCCAGACAGUAUCGACAAAGAGAAGCCUCGUGGCUUUCGAAAAUCCAAUAUCUGCUUCACCCAUCACAUGCACGCACAGGACCCGAUUCGCACGACUGGUGGUCGGGUGCGAAUUACGGACUCGACCAAUUUCCCAGUCUCGAAAACGGUGGCUGCAGCCCACCUAGAAAUCGAUCCCGGCGCGCUUCGGGAGAUGCAUUGGCACCCCAAUGCAGAUGAGUGGACCUACUUCAAGAGAGGGCGCGCUCGAGUUACGAUUUUUGCCGCAGAAGGGAAUGCUCGGACUUUUGACUACAUGGCCGGCGAUGUUGGCAUUGUCCCCCGCAAUAUGGGCCAUUUCAUUGAAAAUCUGAGUGACGAUGAGCCACUUGAAGUGCUUGAACUGUUCCGAGCGGAUAAGUUCCAAGAUUUCUCGCUGUUUCAGUGGUUGGGAGAGACACCGCGACGCAUGGUUGCAGAGCAUAUUUUUGCCUCUGACCCGGACGCUGCUGAGGCUUUUUUGAAACAAAUCGAGGGAGCCGAAAAAGACCCUAUCAAAGGUACUAACUAA